AUGCCAGUCAUCUCCUCCAACGACACUACCAACAUCACCUGCACCGACAUUUACUCUUGCUUCAACAUGUCUCCCCUCGGGGGUCCCGUCCAAGGAGAUCUCGUUCGACGCUGGGCCUCCUCCGGUUUCAGCUACUCCGCAGGGAGAACCAACGAUACCCUCAGCUGGGUUCUAGUCGGUCUCUUUUGCGUCUUGGUCCUCGUCGCCCUCAUGACCUGCUGCGGCUGGUGCAUCGCCCGGAGACGCGUGCACAAGCGCAGAAAACUAAACAAUAUACCGAGACACAUUCCCAUUCCCAAUGGCCCAAUGUCGACCGUACCCCCAGUCCCGCAACCACAUGGUGUCGCCCCCGGUGCCGCCCCCGGAGCUUCCACGGUUGUGCCACCACCUGUCGCGACAGUGCACAGAUGA